GAUUUGGGUUUGAAAAUGGCGUGGGGCAGAGAGGACAAAAGAAAGAAGCAAUCUCUCUAGCCUAAGAAGGGAAUGCACUUGCACGCAUGGCUGGCGUACCAAGCUGGAAAUUAAAACCAACUGAAUAAUGUAUAGAGAGACGCGUGUUUGAUGAAUAAAGCCUUGGGCUUGUGCUUUUUCUCAAUUGGGUCUGUCGUUUUUCUUGCGGUGGUGUUGUCCAUGCGGUGUAAGGAAUCUCAAACAAGUGGAAUUCAUAACACCUCUAUAAAUCUCCUACCCCGCCUUUGGCUCUUCCCUGCACAGGAGGAUAUAAAGAGCAAUCACACAUAUCCUCUUUGUCAGCCGCCGGGCAUUUCUUUCUUUCUUUCUUUCUCCUCCUCUUCUUCUUCUACUAAAAGAAUUUGAGUUUUUAGUAUUCCAGUUUUGGAGAAAAAUGGUGAACAACAUCAUACGUACGGGCUUUGGCGUUGCAGGGAGUGUCAUAGCCUUAUGUAUGUACGCAGUGCCAGCUGUUACGUUCAAGAGGGUUAUAAAGAAAAGGACGACGGAGGAUUUCUCAGGGAUUCCCUACUUGAUAGCACUCUUUAACUGCCUUCUGUAUACAUAUUAUGGAUCGCCUCUUAUAAGUAAUGGGUGGGAUAACCUUGUAGUUAUGAUUGUCAAUGCUGUUGGCCUUCUUCUUGAAUUCUGCUUCAUUUCCAUCUAUCUCAUCUUUGCACCGCCCAAAACCAAGAGAACAAUGGUGAGAAUGCUUAUUGGAGUGCUGACAGUGGCUGGAACCAUUGCAGCAGUCUCUUUGUUUGCUUUGCAUGAUCAGCAACAAAAGAAGUUCCUUGUGGGUACUGUAGGAAUGGUGGCCACGGUGAUCCUCUAUGGAUCACCCCUCUCUGUAAUUAGACUGGUAAUUAAAACAAAAAGUGUGGAGUUCAUGCCCUUCAAUCUCUCAUUUUUCGCUUUCCUUAGCAGCACUUUGUGGCUGGCUUAUGGUACUCUCAGCAAGGACAUUGUCAUCAUGGCACCCAAUUUCAUAGGAUUACCCCUGUCACUAUUUCAGAUGAUAUUGUACUGCAUCUACAGACACAAAAAGAGUGUAAGAAUUGAAGAUGGAAAAUUGGAUGCAGUUGAGGUGGACUUGGAGAAGAAUAAAGCCACAGAAGAGGCAUGCUGCUGCACAGAGAAAACAAAGCCUGAUCAAGAAACUGAAAUGCAGUUGAAAGUCUAAACGUUUCAACUGCAAUUUACUCAUGUUUGUGACGCUCAAUACACAUUAAAUCUUGUGCUAUGUGCUAUGUGCUUUAUCAUAUUCUAUUUGAAGACGUAUCAGUUUCUGUUUCCUGCCCAAGUGUUCCAUAAGAAAGUGAUGAUGAGAGAUAUACCUCAUUGUUGUUAUUAAUAAUUUAAACUAUUCGAUUUCCAGGAUUCAAGCAUUAACGCUUUCCGCAUGCUGCUCUUUUAGUUUUCGAGCGUGCGAGCUGUUGUACUACUCUUACAACUUUACAAACAAAAAACUUGCCAAACUUUGUCAUCACCA